AAUUAAUUAAUUACAAACCCUAGCAAGCAAAUUCAUCCCCUCGGAGCAGAGAUUCUUCUUCGUCCGGAAAUAUCAAAUUCCGUUCCAUUUCUCUCAGAAUUCAGCUGAAACCGGCGGAAACCCGCCGUCCCAGAGCCGCUACUCGUCCACCUGAUCACCUGAUCGCCCUGAGCUGCCAGCUAGUGCUUUGGGAUUGGGAUUGGGGUUGCAAUCGCCGUUGCCUGAUCUUAGCAAUUCGUGCGGAUUCUUAUCUUCGCCGCUGUUCGAGCUCCGAGGACUGGGCUUGCGGUGGUUCUGUCCCUGUGAUCAGGAGCAGCUGAAGUAGCCCCCCAGGGAUCCAUGUUGAUGGCGGUUCAGUGCAAGAUGGUGGAUUGACACAUGGAUUCCGAAGGCAAUAAAUUUGGAAGAGGACCAAGAGAAUUGACUGGUGCUGUAGAUCUUAUUAGUCACUUCAAGUUGUUGCCUCAUCAUGACUUUUUCUGCAAGCGCUCGCUGCCUUUGUCAAUUUCGGACACCCAUUACCUUCACGACGUCGUGGGAGAAACAGAAAUUCGAAAAGGAGAGGGAAUGCAGUUGGAUCAGCUCGUUCAAAAUGCAGUCCAUUCCCGAGAAUAUACUAACCGCAUACAACCUUUUGACAUAGACAGUCUCAAAGAUGCUUUCCCAUUGAGGGAGUCUAUUCCAGUCGAUCUACCACUUGCAGAGAAGGGAUUACCUACCAUUUCAGGUAAACCAAAAAGUGAAUCGAAAGACAAGGAGAAGAAGCACAAAAAGCACAAAGAUAGAGAUAAGGACAAGGAUAGAGAGCACAAGAAACACAAACAUCGUCAUAAAGAUAAAAGCAAAGACAAGGAGAAGGAGAAGAAGAAGGAAAAAGGAGGACACCGUGAUCCCGGAGUUGAUUCCUCGAAGAAGCACCAUGAGAAGAAAAGGAAGCAUGAAGGAGAUGAAGGUCUUAACAACCAGGGACCCAGAAAAAGUAAGCACAAAAGCUCAAAGCUUGAUGAGUUGGGUGCCAUGAGGGUUGCAGGCUGAUGCUAUGGCAUUUAGUAUACUUUGCGUACGAUGAUCAAUUGUAGUUAACACGUCAGAAGUCUCUUUCUCGUGAUAUCUAACUUGAGGCAUACCAUUGGGUGAAGUGGUCCUUUCUGCUGGUGGUCCUUGGUGGUUGAAUGUGGUCCUUUGGUUGUUUUCUUCCCGUUUCUCGAUAAUAGAACGACUCAAAGAAAGAGAUUGAUGACAAUGGGGAGAAGGUGAAUUCACCUUUUUGGAGAAUAUAUUCAGGGAUGAGGUAUAAUUUUUUUUUUUUUUUGUAUAACAAAAGAGUGUUGGUAUUAGUCGGUAACAGUGCUUUACUGGUUUCAAUGGUGGAAUGCUGCGCCGAGUUUUGAUCGUGAAAAUGGGUUUCCCGUAUAUAUGGGUCCAUUCUCGUAGUCUAAAUCUGAGUUUGUGCCAUCAAUCAGUCAAGAAAAGGCAAAUGAAAACUGGCUUAGAAAGGAA